UCUUUCAUCUUUUCCGACUUACGUUUGUGACGCAAUUUUCGAGGUUAUUUUCUGUUUACAAUGGAUUUCGCCCAGUUCGCCAAUGUUGAUGAAAUUAUCAUUGAUUUUGUUCGCGAUAAUAAAUGUUUAUAUGACAAAUCUGAUCCCAAUUUUAGAAAUACUGUUAAGAAGAAAGAAAUGUGGUCAAAAAUAAGUGAAAAUUUGAAACUUUUGUAUCGUGUUGAUAUGCCAGUUGAAGCAAUUGAGAAACGAUGGUCCUCUUUGAGAGAUAUGUUUAGUAGAGAAAAUAGAAAACAAAAGUUGCCACCAUCAGGUUCUGGAUAUGAACCAGCAAAAGAAUGGGAGCUAUAUCGAAACAUGUUGUUUUUACUUCCUCACAUAGUUCACCGACGUAGCAGAACAAAAUCAUUGUUCAUUCCACUAAAUCAAUCAGUGUGCUCUGUAUCAAAAACAAGUCCUCCAAACGUAAAUAAUUUGUUGCCGUCCGAGGAAUCUAAAAAUUUAGAUCAUUCUUUGCCGUCCUGUGAUCUUGAUUAUAAUGGACCCAAUGGAUUUAUCAAAGAUAAUGAACCAUCCAUUGACAAUGAGGAAACCGUAACAAUUGAGCAUGUAUCAAUAAAGAGACCUGUAAGUGCCAUGUCCAACUGCAGCAGUACAAGCAGCACACAGUUUCCGGUGGCAAGUACGAGUUCUAGAUCAGAGUUUAAACCUAUCAAAGAAAAUCUACCGGAAUUGGACCAAUUUGCUAAACGUAAAAAGAUAAAAGAUGAAAUCGAGCAUGAUUUGGAGGAGGCACGUUCUGCAAUUUCUACAGCUAUAAAAACAAUUUUAUCAAAAUUAUAUGAUCAAAAACAAGAAACAAAUGGAUACAUGGCCGUUAUAGAAGAAGGAUUUAGCUUUGUUCCUAGUAAAAAUAAGAUUCAAUGUCUUAUUGAAAUACUCCAAAUAAUUCAAAAGUAUGAAGAAAGACCAUAAAACAUAAGUUAAAAAUUUUAUUUUUAUUAUUAUAAGAUGCUAUAGUAUAAUAAAACAGUCCUUGUAGCGUCUUUAGGUGAACCUUUCUGUAAUUUAACAUUUAAGAUUGGACUUGUAUACCGUGAAUACCGUUCUAAAGUUAUAGUAAUGUCUAAUUUAUAUGCGUUUACUCCACCGGCCAUGCAAUACAUUACAUAUAAUAUCUAAAAAAAAUAAAUCUAAUUUUGGUAUUUUGGUAUGUGUUUGACACUUAAGUUUAUGUUUUAUAAUUUAUUAAUAAAUAUAUAUUUAUAAUGUUUUA